UUUGCCCCGCGCGCUCUCCCUGCGCCUCCCGGGGCGCCCGGUGCGCCGCGCUGGAGAAGGGGCCGGCGCCCCAACGGCCGGUGGUCUUCCGGGCGUUUCUCGCUGCCUCUCCACCGCCAGGAUGUUGUCCCAGCUGGGGCUUUUCUUCAUCUUGCUCUGCCCAGCCAACAUCAUCGGACUCUGGUGGGCAGUCGGCAGCCCGUUGGUCAUGGAUCCCAACAGCAUCUGCCGGAAGACCAAGCGACUGGCAGGGAAACAGGCUGAGUUGUGCCAGACAGAGCCUGAGAUUGUACAAGAAGUGGCCAAAGGAGCCAGACUGGGUGUGCGUGAGUGCCAGUACCAAUUCCGUUUUCGUCGCUGGAACUGCACCAGCCACAGCAAAUAUUUUGGGAAGACCCUACAGCAGGAUAUCCGGGAGACAGCCUUCGUCUAUGCCAUCACAGCAGCUGGUGUUAGCCAUGCUGUUACCCAGGCUUGCAGCAUGGGCGAUCUGCUGCAGUGUGGCUGUGAGGCAACUCGGAGCAGGGCACCUCCUCUGCCACCUGCCAUCACGGGAUCAGAGGGCUCUGCUUGGGAAUGGGGUGGCUGUGGGGAUGAUGUUGACUUUGGCUAUGAGAAAUCCCGGCAGUUCAUGGAUGCUAAGCGCAAGCGUGGCAAGAGUGACAUUCGAACCCUUAUUGACCUGCACAACAAUGAAGCAGGGCGACUGGCAGUGAAGAACCACAUGCGGACGGAGUGCAAGUGUCAUGGGCUUUCAGGUUCCUGUGCCCUACGGACCUGUUGGAAGAAGAUGCCUCCUUUCCGGGAAGUGGGUGACCGCCUGCUUGAACGUUUUAAUGGGGCUUUUAAAGUGAUGGGUGGCAAUGAUGGCAAAACACUCAUCCCUGUAGGUCGGAACAUGAAGCCCCCUGACCGGCAGGACCUCAUCUAUUCUGCCGACUCACCUGACUUCUGCAUUGCUAACCGCAAGACAGGUUCACUGGGCACACGUGGGCGAGUGUGCAAUAGCACCGCCAUGGACAUGAGUGGCUGCGACCUGCUCUGCUGUGGACGUGGUCACCGUGAGGAGACACUGCUCCUGGAAGAGAAUUGCCUUUGCCGCUUUCAUUGGUGCUGUGUAGUUCAGUGCCGGAAGUGCACAGUGCGCAAAGAUCUCAGUCUGUGUAUUUGAGUGGGUACGGGAAGGGCAUUGAACAAGGAUGAGCUAAAGCAGAAGGACAGGAAUGUACCCAGCCUGCCACAGAAUCCCGAGAGAGGGAGCAUCAUCUAGCUCUUUAGAGUAUGAGGGCAUCAUGAUGAUCUAGUGGGAAUCAGAAUAAUGUGCUAGAGAUACCGCGCCCAGAGUUGAAUCACCUUGGAUUCUCAGAGCAGGAUUUUGUUGGUGGCCAAAUACACUUCCUAACACUUGCUUUCAACUUCCUUCAUGUCCUUUGCAUCUAGCACCAGACUAUGUAUUCAGAAGGUCCCACCACUCCUUGCUACAUUGGACAUAUACUCCUGAAAAUGGGGAAUCCUUUCUUACCUGAUACUCUCCCACGAUUGUUUCCAGCAGCUUCAGUCCAGUCUCUCACUAUGGAUUAUGAACUGAUUCUGUAGAGGGAGGUGCUGUACCUCACUUAUUAAUGGAUCUUUACUGUGUUUAAGGGGACAGCAGAGAUUUCUUGAUUAUCCAAUCACCCCGCUCAAACUCCCUUAUUCACCUUUUGGGCUACCGUUUCUUUUUACAAUAAUAAAGUUAUUUAAACUCACUUUUUCAAGUGUUACAAAAAGAAGUGAUUACAAGUGCACUUACUAUUGAUUAGUAAGUAACUUAACUGCUUGCUUUGCUCUAUUCGUCCAAGUAGAAUGGAUAAAUGAUAUAAAAUUGUUUUUUCUCCCCAAAAUUAUCUCCAUUAAAUUAUCUCAAGUACGUGUCCUAUAGCAAAGGUGGGAAAACUUUAGGCCUAAAGUAUGGAGAAAUUAUCCUUAUUUGUGUUAAUGAAUAGAACAGUUCAUCGCAGAUUGAUCUCCAAUAAACGUCCCUGGGGAAUUAGAAAUGCUAGGGUUGAAUUGUGUUAUAUUUAUGGUUAAGAAUGCCUGGAUAGGAUCUGGACUGAGUUAAUACUGGUAGAGAAUGGCCUUGAAGGGCAGUGGGAAGAUCUGUUACCAAGGCAAUGAUCAGACAAGCCCAUUCUUAGAACCUAAUUUGAGAAAAUGCUUCAGACAGGCCCCUGCCUAAUUCACACGAAGUUAAAA